AUGGAUUGUCUUUGGAUUGUCUUCAUUAUUUCUUGGAUCAGAGCAUCUCAAGGUGGUGCACGAGACUUAGCAAAUAUAGCGAAUGCAUAUGGUGAGAAUAGCGGAGUAGAUGGUGGAAAUGAUUAUGUGUGGAGUACACAUCAUAACACACCAAUAAUGAGUAACAUAGAGCGUAUGAAAGAAUUUAGGGAAAAACAUAACGAUAUGUUAGAAGGUAAAGCAAAAUAUAAUAAGAUAUAUCAUGCAUUGUUAUCUUUUGAAGAUAUUUUUAGAGAUUACAACUCUAAUGAAGUAGAACAAAUGCUUGGAAAAUCACAAAAUGACGAAUCACUAGGUUUGUACUUCACCGACCUAAGAAGUAAGAUGCUAAAACUUGCACGAAUAUUUCACGGUUCGCAUAUUUUAGUGUUAAAACAAGCCAUUCGAAAAGGAAAAAAAUACGAAAUAGCACGAUUUAACACGGAAUGCGAGAAAAUUAUGAAAGAACAGCCAAGGUGCUAUUACGUACAGAAGAUAGAAGAUAUUCUGCAUGAAAUACUUCAAAUGAGCAUUACAAUGGAUAAGUGCACAUUAAUACAUGAUCUUAUGUGUGUAUUCGCUCGUCUUAUCAGUACAAAGGAAUGUAACACGAACGAAGGUGUGCAAGGGCAAGCAGCACUAACAAACCAGUCAAUUGCACACAACAAAUGGUUUGGAAGAUACACAGAAUAUGAUAAUUUGCACGUUCAGCAAUCGAAAGCAUUUUUCGAAUUGUGUACUCGGAUCAAUGUGACUUUUUAUGCAAGCAACUGGAAUUACCGUAAAAUAAUGAAUCAUCUUGCAGUAGCACAAGCAUAUUCGAUGCAUGUUCUCUUCGAAACACGGUUUUGUGCCAAGCUUUCGCUCUUUCCUGAAUUUAUCUCUGUGUAUCACCAAUACAUGCUCUUUCGUACGAAUGCUAAACAAAUAUGUAUCAGAACCAGGCUGAUCUCAAUUUACAUUGCUAGCAAGAUAGAAGCUGUCCUGCCCAGGUUACUGCACUACAGCAGUAUGCGUCAACAGUACAACACAGAACUGAUAGCCACCC